AUGACUUGCAGCACAGAGGAACCCAUAAAGAUGUUUGGCGAUAUUAAUCUGACUCUUGGCAUGCUAAACAAGGAAGAUAAUAUUAGCAAGGAAGACAUUUACAGUCAUCUUGCUUCUAUUAUUCAGAAUACUAACAUCUUGGAUGAUGCAAUUGUCCAACGGUUGAUUUAUUAUGCUUCUAAGGACAUGAGAGACGACAAUAUUCUCAGAGAAAUCAGAAUGUUAGCUGGUGAGGUUCUGGUGUCUCUUGCUGCACAUGAUUUCAACUCUGUGAUGUAUGAAGUACAAAGUAACUUCAGGAUCCUAGAGCUACCAAACGAAUUUGUUGUGCUAACUCUAGCUGAACUAGCAACAAGCUAUGUGUCCCAGAGUAUUCCCUUCAUGAUGAUGACCCUGCUCACCAUGCAAACCAUGCUCAGGCUGGCCGAGGAUGAAAGUAUGAAGAGGACUUUCUGUAUCGCCCUUGAGAAGUUCAGCAAGGCCAUUUACAAGUAUGUCAACCACUGGAGAGACUUCCCUUACCCCAGACUGGAUGCCAACCGACUUUCUGACAAGAUCUUCAUGCUGUUCCGGUAUAUAAUGGAGAAAUGGGCCCCCAUGGCCUCACCCAUGCAUACGUUGGUCAUCAUUAAGGCCCAUGGCCCCACCGUGAGCCUACUGCUCCAUCGGGAAGACUUCUGUGAAUACGCCCUGAGCCAGGUAGCUUGGCUCCUGACCCAGUACAAAGACAGAGAGACUGAUUUCCACAUCACUCAGAGUCUAAAACAAAUACUGACCGCAGUCGUCCUUUAUGACAUCGGCCUUCCAAGGGGCUUGAGAAAAUCCAUCUUUAUCAAUCUACUUAAUCAGAUCUGCAGAGCUCCAGAGCCUCCAGCAAAGGAAAAUGAAAUCGAAGCUUCAAGCUGUUUCCUCAUUCUAGCCCAUUCCAACUCCGCAGACCUGGUGGAAUUUUUUGAUGAACAAAUAAGAAGUAAUAAUGAAGCUAUUCGAGUGGGAAUCUUGGCUUUGUUAAGAUCAGCUAUCAAUGUUGAGGAGCCCAAUUUCAGGGAUCACAUCACUUCCAUUGAAAGAACAGUCAAAGUCGUCAUGGGUGACCUCAGUAUAAAAGUAAGGAAUUCUACCCUCCUCCUCAUCCAAACCAUGUGUGAAAAGUGCUACAUCGAAGCUCGGGAAGGAUGGCCAUUGAUUGAUUAUGUCUUCUCCCAGUUUUCAAUGUCCAACAGGAAUGUGGAUAAACCAGGGAAAGCUAACUCCCAAGCGGAUGAAAAGGGAGAGAUAUCUGUCCGCGAAACAAGCCUCGAGGUCUUAAAAACCCUGGACCCACUGGUCAUUGGAAUGCCUCAGGUGCUAUGGCCAAGAAUCCUUACUUUUGUGGUACCUGAGGAAUAUACAGGAACUCUGGACCACCUGUUUAAUAUCAUCAGAAUUCUGCUUAUGGCAGAGGAUAGGAAGAAGCAUAAUGCCAAGGAAUCAACAGCACUUGUCAUCUCUACAGGAGCUGUGAAACUUCCUUCACCACAGCAGUUACUGGCCAGACUUCUGGUAAUUUCUAUGCUUACCAGUGUAGGGAAAUUAUGUGGGGCUGGUGCAAUUGGACUUUUGAAAAUAUUGCCUGAGAUAAUUCAUCCAAAAUUGGCAGACUUAUGGAAAACACGCAUACCUGAGCUCCUGCAGCCUCUGGAAGGAAAGAACACUAGCAUUGUGCUAUGGGAAACCAUGCUGCUGCAGUUGCUCAAAGAAUCCUUGUGGAAGAUCGGUGACACAGCCUGGACCAUUCAACUGAGUCAGGAUUUCAACAAGCAAAUGGGCAGCUACAGCAACACCUCCAUUGAGAAGGACUGGGAGGUAGACACAGACUUUGUAAGCUCACAGAUUAAGGAGUUUCUGAUCGCUCCUAACCAACUGGGGGAUCAAAGACAGGGAAUAACAUCUAUUUUAGGAUAUUGUGCGGAGAAGCACUUGGAUCUUGUUUUAAAAGUUCUUAAAAAAUUCCAAGAUCAGGAAAAGUUUUUCAUGAAUCGAUGUAAGGGCAUUUUUUCAGGGAAAAAGAGCCUGACCAAGACUGAUGUCAUGGUCAUCUACGGAGCUGUGGCCCUCCAUGCUCCCAAGAAUCAACUUCUCACCAGGCUUGACCAAGACAUCUUAUCCCAAGUCCUGUCUCUUUAUGGCCAGUGCUGUCAGGUUCUGGGCAUGUCUGUGAUGAACAAGGACAUGGAUCUGCAAAUGAGUUUCACAAGAAGCAUCACUGAGAUUGGCAUUGCUGUCCAAGAUGCUGAGGAUCCAAGGUUCCAGUUUUCCUACAAGGAGAUGCUGAUCGGUUACAUGCUGGACUUCAUUAGGGAUGAGCCCCUGGAUUCCUUAGCUAGCCCUGUUCGGUGGAAAGCCUUAAUCGCCAUCCGAUACCUCAGUAAACUGAAACCUCCGCUCUCACUAAAUGACCACCUUAAUAUUCUUGAAGAGAAUAUUCAGAGGCUGCUGCCCCUUCCACCUCUGGAAAAACUCAAAAAUGAAGGCCAGACAGACAAGGACAAGGAGCAUAUUCAAUUUCUCUAUGAACGAUCCAUGGAUGCUUUAGGAAAACUCCUGAGGUCCAUGAUGUGGGAUAAUGUGAAUGCCAAUGACUGUCAAGAAAUGUUUAAUCUUCUUCGAAUGUGGCUUGUUUCACAAAAAGAGUGGGAAAGAGAAAGAGCCUUCCAGAUCACUGCAAAAAUGCUGACACAUGAUACUGAGGCACCAGUGAACUUUAAAAUCGGGUCACUCCUCGGGCUCCUGGCUCCUCAUUCCUGUGACACUCUGCCCACAAUCCGUCAGGCGGCUGCUAGCUCGGCUGUUGGGCUGUUCCGUAUAAAAGGUAUUCACCUGGAAGAGGAAAGACUGCAGGGUUUGCUGGAAGGGCUGGCAUGUGACGACGUGGAGGCCCAGAUCAAGAUUUCUUCCAAAAUAGCUAAGAUUGUCAGUAAAUUCAUCCCAAGUGAAGAAAUCCAGCAGUUUCUGGAGGAAACUCUGGAUGGUCUGGAGAGCCUCAACCCCAUGUGCACAAAGGCCUGCGGCAUAUGGAUGAUCACCGCCCUGAGGGAGCAUGGAGCAGAUCUAGAAGAUCAGCUACUGGAGAUGUUGGGGACAAUUUACUAUCAUAUGCCGGUCCUCAGACAAAAGGAGGAGAGUUUUCAGUUCAUGCUAGAAGCCAUCUCCCAGAUAGCCAGCUUUCACAUGGAUGCAGUUGUUGUCAACCUUUUACAGAAGCCUCUGCCCUUCGACAGGGACACAAAGACAUUGUGGAAGGCGCUGGCUGAAAACCUAACCUCUAGUGGUAAACUCAUACAAGCCUUAAUAGAUAAACUGGAGACCGGGUUAGAAGAUGACAUCGCCGGGGCAGAUGCAAUUUCAGUGUCCUGUGCUAUGUAUGAAGUGGUUGCAACGGGCAUCUCUGUCACUGGCUUGUAUCCAGACCUGUUCACUCUCCUCCUGAAGCUGAUCAGCUGCACGCUGGGCCAGAAGAUGCCCACCUCUGCCACAAGCCGCAGGCGGCGUGUGAUACAGCAGGGAGAACAGCAGCUGAUCACAGACCCCUGCAGGCUCUCAACUACAACUCUGAAAUGUUUGCAAGCCCAAGCCGUGAAAGAAGGUUUUGCAAAAGAAUCUGAUGAGGGGGACAACUUAUGGACCCUACUCAGCAGUCCCAGUACCCAUCACAUAGGAGUAUGUGCACUGGCCAGGAGCAUGGCAGUGUGGCAGCACGGGGUCCUCCAGGACAUCAUGGAACAGCUGUUCCCAUCUCUCACCUCCUCCUCCGAGAACUACCGCAUCACCGGCACAGCUUUCUUCUCCGAGCUCAUGAAGGAGCCGACCCUCUGGAAGCACGGGAAUCUGCGGGAUGUGCUCAUCUUGAUGGAUCAGAGUGCCUGGGACUCCAAUGCCACCCUGAGGCAAAUGGCCAUCCGAGGGCUUGGGAACACAGCAUCUGGAGCCCCUCACAAGGUGAAGAAGCAUAAGCAGAUAAUGUUAGAAUCUAUCAUCAGAGGCCUGUACCACCUGGCUCGCACCGAAGUCGUCUGUGAAAGCUUGAAGGCUCUCAAAAAGGUCCUGGAGCUGCUCACAGACAGAGAUGUGAGCUUCUACUUCAAAGAAAUAGUGCUGCAAACAAGAACCUUCUUUGAAGACGAGCAGGAUGAUGUGAGACUGACUGCCAUCUCCUUAUUUGAGAAUCUGGCAUCCCUAACAGGAAGAAAGUGGAAGAUUUUUUUUGCUGAAGAAAUAAAAAAGAGCAUGAUUUCAUUCCUUCUCCAUCUCUGGGAUCCCAAUCCUAAGAUUGGAGCUGCUUGCCGUGAUGUCUUGAUCGUCUGCACUCCUUUUCUGGGCCUCCAGGAACUCUAUGGGGUAUUAGACCAUCUCCUUGAUCAGGAUCUACCAAGGGCCAGGGAUUUCUAUAGGCAAUUUUGUGUAAAACUGGCAAGGAAAAAUCAGGAAAUCCUGUGGAUCCUCCACACACACUCCUUCCCCUUCUUCACCAGCAGCUGGGAGAUGAUCAGGAGCGCUGCUGUCAAACUCACAGAUGCCAUUGUUCUCAAUUUGACCAGCCAAUAUGUGGAGUUAUUAGACAGAGAACAAUUGACCACAAGGCUCCAAGCACUUCGGCAAGACCCCUGCAUCAGUGUUCAGAGAGCAGCCGAAGUUGCCUUGCAGACGCUCCUGAGAAGGUGUAAAGAGAUAAGCAUCCCUCUGUAAACCAUCAAGAAAUAAACUGCUAG